GAUGAAUAUAUUUUUCUUCUUUAGCAUGCAAAGUACUGCUUGCUAUGAAGUUUUAACCUGAUCUUCUUGUGACAUACAGAUAGAGUGGAAUUUAGAAUUUGGAACAGUAGCGUUUACUGGUCUUUACAGUUAAAACAAAAGAGAGUAGCCAUAUACAUUUACUUUCCUUCAGAGUCUUGAACUGAAAUGAUAUUUUUAUCGAGUUAUGUGAAAUAUUUUAGAUGGCCAAGGCACUGGAAUCCAUUGGCAGGAUAAAAGGCAAGAAAAGGGGUGUUUCCAGCAAAUCAGAAAGCAUCUUUAGGCAGGAUGUACCUUCUGACACCAUGAGCAACUUUGCCAAAAGUAACACUGAAUUGUACCAUCAAUAUAAGGCUCUGGCUCCCAAGCUGCUAGAGGAGAUCUCAAGGCUGUUGGUCACCUUCAGAAGCCUGGGCAUUGUCAUGCCCAGAGGCAUUAAAAACAUUUUUGAGUUCACAUGGGAGGAGCUCAUCAUGGAACCCCCCAGCACAUCAGUCUCCAGGAUUUCUGGCCUGGACAUCUUUUUUGGACAGUCUUCUUCCAUGGAUUUGUCCUUUUCUUCUAGCUCCAAGAAGCCCACAGUCAAGAACUCCACCCCUUCCCCAGCCACCCUUCAACCCAUGCCCAAUAGCCAGCAGAUACUCCAAAAAUUCCAAAAAACAUCGAUCCAGUUACUGUCAGAACUCCUCUCCCUUAGAUUGAAGAUGUUGUUAGAAUCCUCAGCAGGUUUAAGUCCUACGGAUGCUUCAAAGCAGUUUAUUGAAGCAAGCCAGCUACUGCAUCUCAGAGCCAAGGAGAUAAUUUUGGAGUCUAUACUGGACACAGUUGGAUUGGGGAAAAAAGCACACCAGGCUGGCCCUGGUCUCUCUGCCCUAGGAAUGGGCACUCCUUACCAGCUUGUUUUUCAACCUUCGACUGCCUGUUUAAGUUUUUCACUCUCGGGUGCAAAAGACAGGAAAUCAAGCCUCUCAAGUAAACAGAAGUUAUCCGGUGCUGAGGAGUCCCCAGUUAGAAUUACAAAAAGCAGCAGUACUGAUCUUUUUUUGUUUAAUGACCCCUGCAUUGAGGCCCGGGAAAAACUGCAGGAAAUGUGUCGAAUUAUAGAAGCUGAAAAGAACUCAUGGAAAGGGAAGAAAUUUUCUUCCCCUGUCAUUUUACACAACUACAGUGAUAAAAAGACCAGUUCUCACACUGUCAAUAAAGGGGAGUCGAAGGUUCGCUUACAUUCUUCAGGACGCCAACAUCAUAUCAUUACUCAGCAGCCUCAACCAGUGGAUACCAAAUGGAAGAAGGCCUUAAAGUUUCAUUACACCUUCUAUGAUGGGACCAGCUUUGUUUUCUAUCCUUCAGGAAAUAUUGCUGUGUGUCAGAUUCCUACAUGCUGCAAGGGAAGAUAUACAACCUGCAUUUUCAAUGACACCCCAAGCUUCUCCAUGAUAGGUCUUUUUACUGCUGAAGGUCAUGGGAAUGUACAGUAUAACCUCAAGAAUCGCUAUCCAUGUAUGUUAAUGAUGAAUCAUGAGGGUGGAUGUAUAAAAGACACUUUGGGGCAUACAGUUCAUAAAUGGAGUUGGACCUCCAAGAAGCGGACCUUGAUAUCAUUAGAGUAUAAGAUGAAUGAACACAUUAAACUGAAGGUACAGAGUCAAGAUACAAUAAGCAUCAUUUUCAGUGCCCUGAAUGACAAUGUGAAUCUAUUCCUUUCACCUACAGAUUGUCCACAUGGAGCACCUACUGACAAGCGGUAUUAUUUUAGACGGGGUCCUGAAGAGGGAACAUCCAAGAUGAUCCGAGCACUGGUUGAGAUUAAGAAGCGAUUUCAGAAGACAGUGUCUCAAUUUAUGAAUUCUGUUUUGCUGUCAGCAGGCCUCCUCACAAUAGACUAUCCAGUGAAGGAUGAAAUAGACCUCAGCCGGUUCAGGAAGAUAGUACCAUCCUUAAUACAGUGGCGUCCCAAAUCAGCAUUGGAUUCAAUUGCCCGCAGUAGUUCAGUAAUACGAUCUUCUUCCCCUGGGGACCUAUUCCAGGAUGAUUCUUCAACAAUAACCAUGAGCAUUACUAAAAAGCAGUCUAUCAGAAUCCCAUCCAGAAUCACUGACAGGUCUAAAUCAACAGGCAUCGUGGAACAAAAGCCCCCCAGCACCUGGGCUUUCACUCUCGCUGACUGUCCCCUGAUGCUCCGGAAGCUACUGCUCAAACAGGACACUGGCUUUGGCUGCAGAUGUCUGGUGAAAAGCCCUGCACUCACAGAUCUAGAGUUAGAAAGGUUCAUCUCGGCUCCCAGGGACCCAAGCCAAAUCCUGGUGCUCUAUGUGAUGACUAACCAGACUGCUACCAACAUGAGCCAUCUGGAAUGGAUCCUGGACUCACUCUAUUUGCACAAUCAGUUUGGCCGACCCUCUCCUUGCAUUCAGUGUCGCCGUGACCCUUACCGCUUACUGCGAUAUAAUAUCCAUAGUGCCCUCCAGGAAAAUCCGCCACUGUUGGUACAGAAGUAUGCAGUCUCACCCGGGAUGAUUCUGAUGUUUGCUGGGGGUAAGCUCCUCUUUGGGGGCUUUAUCUUCAACGGAUAUGGCUGCUGCAGCAAGAGGAAUCUACUAAAGCAGAUUUUCCUGGCCCGUCAUUAUAGCGAGAUGGGUUACUUCCUGCCUGAGAACUUCAAAUUUAACACCCUUACACCCUUUCCCCAGAACCUUGAUAUCUAUAAUGAUCAAGAAGAAGAUGAUGAUGAACAAGAAGAAACAAAAGCAAGUUCUCCAACUAAUGAGGAGAAGUCAGAAAAGCAAUCACAUAACAGGAAAAAAAGUACACCAUCUCUGACGAAACUUAAACCUAAGCUGCUAGAGGCCCUUUUUGAUUCGACACCAUCGGACUUAAAGAUACAUAAGAAGUCUUUACCAUCUCGAAAGAAAGCAAGCAAGAUAAAGAAAUGAUGCCAUCUUUCUCAGGAAAUUGUAUUCCCCUAAGGAUACCAGUGCCAGCUGGUCAAAGGGCAUGGAGUCCACAUAUACAUAUAUGAGCAGCUUUUAUUAUUAAUUUUUGCUUCUCCUUUCCCUUCACCUUCUUUCUCAAGGGUUUGUUUGGGACAGUUGUGAGUAAUCCACUUGAGCUUGUGGGAGCUCAAAGUGAGGUCCCAGGAAAGAUCUGGCCAAGCUGGUCUCCCUCUCAGUGAGGGCAUUUCUUAGAAGUCCUGCUGACUAAAAGCCCAGAGAUGAGGUGCUCCCAAGGUGCCCCUCAAGAGCUAGCUGUCCUGUGGAUGACUGAUUGCUUUGAAGGCAGAAAUGACUCAUUCUCAGGCUGGAAAUAUAUAGACAUUAUUAUUAUUUAAUUAAUCAUUUUACAUAGGUUUAGGCUAAUAACCAAUAAAUUCUUAAAUCCCUUAAGGAUCAUUAAUAGGUCUAAGGAAUGAUCAAGGAGGAAAAAUAAAAGUGAAAGGAAGAGGGAGGAUAAGGAAGGAAAGGGAGAGAAGGACAAAUGGGGAAGGGAGGAAGAAAGGCAAAAGAGAGGCGAGGAAUGAGAAAGCAGGGGGAAGAAUGGAGCAAGGCAGGAAAAGGGUAAAGUAGAGAGGGAAAAAAGAUAAAUGAGAAGAGAAAGGAGUAAGAAGAAAGAACAGAGGAAGAGUCAAGGGGAAAUGAAAAGAGGGGAAAACAGGAAGAAGAGAUGGAAGAGGGAGGGAUUAAUGGAUAAAGGAAAGAGAGGCAAGAAAAGGUGAGUAGCAGGGAGAGAGAAUUAUAUCACUUACUGGAAAAGUCCCUCAUUGACUUAUAAUAGAACAGAUCUCCAUUAUCAUCCUUUAAUGUGAUUUUUUAAAAAUCCUUAACUGAGGCUUAGAUAAGCAUCUCUAAUCACAGUAAGCAUAUAAAACUGCUGGGAGCAAAUGGACAACCUCUGGGUGUGAAUUGUAGACUGUUUAGAUUAACAGCCAAAGAGAACUAACUCAGUUCCACUAUGAUCUGGAGAUCGGAAUUUACCAUAUCAUUUGUAUUUGGUUACAAAGGGAGUGUCACCAGUAUUUGAUCAGGCUUCAUAAUAAGGAUUACUACUUUUAAAUUAUAGUUUUUAAAAUUUAUAAAAACUUAUAUAAAUUUCUAAAUUAUAAUUUCCUUUAAAUGAUUUCAAAAGGUUUUUUUUUAAUAUUAAGCAUACAUUUUAUUACUCUUAAGAAUCCAUGUUUUUUCGAUAGGAAUCCAUCUUUAUUUUCUUGAUAAGCAUCAAUGGGAAAAUGUAUUUAAUGUAUUUUUUUUUUUAAAAAAAGCUUUUCAGGCUGCAUUUUUGGAUUAUCUUUAUUUGGUGUGGUAAGUUACAGAUAAUUGGAUUUCAUUUUGGUUUCAUUAACAUAUGAUAAACAAGCAAAUAACCAACCUGAUGCAUAAUAAAUUUUGUUUCACCCUUCA